CUAUCAUAUUGGACUCGCCCAGCGAACCGAGAACGUGGUGAAUAAACGCCAGAAACAGCUGAUAAGCGAACAACGCAAUUUAACUCGCGCAACCAAAACAAAAGUCGUUCGAUUGCGUCUUACAAGUGCAAUAAUUUUACAAAGUAAAAAGUUAUAAAACUCAAAAAAUAAAGCAAAGAUGUCUGCAUCACCUACUGCUCGUCAAGCCCUCAAUCACGUGCUGCCCAUGGCCAUGGCCAAGACCAAGAAGAUUGUUGUAACGGACCCCAUUCAAAUGCCCGAGGUCUACUCAUCGACUCCCGGUGGCACUCUCUACUCCACGACACCUGGCGGCACCAAAUUAAUCUAUGAACGCACCUUCAUGAAGAAUCUGCGGGGUUCUCCGAUGAGUCAAACGCCACCCAACAAUAUCCCCAGCUGCCUGCUGCGUGGCACACCCCGCUCUCCCUUCAGGAAGUGUGUUCCCGUGCCCACCGAAUUGGAGAAGAAGACGCAAUCGCUGAAGAUCGAGGAACAAGAACAGUUCCAGUUGGAACUGUAAAUGUGCCAGCGAAAAGCUUCAAAAUUCCAAGCAGCUACUGCCAAAUCUUCUCAUAUACUUUAGUUGUAGACUGAUCUUAGCCGUAUAGUUCAUCACAUAGUCGUUAAGUUUUUUAAUUUUGUAUAUAGAGGCGAUUACUGAUUUAGUCCGUCUUCAGUCAUAUUGAUUGUAUCAUGCUCUCAUCAAUUGUAUUUUAUACCGUAAAUUUAGCACUUAAACAACACUGACAAUAAACAGUAAAUAAUAUUCAUAAUUA